UUGCCGCUGUUCAGAACUGUUCGACACCGAAGAGUCCAUCCGAGGUUCGCAGUUUUCUUGGUUUGGCUGGCUAUUAUCGCAUGUUUAUCGAGGGAUUUUUCAAGAUUGCCCUACCUUUAUACCAGCUUACGAGGAAAUCUGUGAAAUUCGAGUGGACUGAUCGAUGUGAAUCGAGCUUUCAGGAGCUCAAGAAGAGGCUUACCACAGCACCGGUGUUGACUAUUCCCAAUCCUUCUCGGAGUUUCACCAUUUUCAGUGAUGCUUCAAGACAGGGUUUGGGAUGCGUACUCAUGCAGGAGGGCCAGGUCGUUGCGUAUGCUUCACGCCAAUUAAAGCCCCAUGAACAGAAUUAUCCUACGCACGACUUGAAGCUAGCCGCAGUUGUUCAUGCCCUCAAGAUUUGGCGACAUAAUUUAUAUGGCGGUCGAUGCGAUAUUUUCACUGAUCACAAGAGCUUACAGUAUAUUUUCACUCAAAAUGAGCUCAACAUGCGUCAACAUCGUUGGUUAGAGCUCGACAAAGAUUAUGAUUGCACUAUCCAGUACCAUCCGGGGAAGGCGAAUGUCGUUGCUGAUGCCCUAAGCCGUAAGGUGAAGGGUGACUUGACUUAUGUUGUUACUCAGCAGAACCAUCUUAUCCAGGAGUUCGCUCGGAUGCAGAUUCAAGUUGUUGAUGCACUUCCUACAGCGAUGUCGGGGAGUGUCAGUUCUAUGCAGGUUCAGCCUACGUUGAGGGAAAGGAUCCGGCGGGAACAGGCUUCUGAUGAAUUUGUUCGUGCUAUUGAUGCCAAAGUCCGUGUCGGAGGCGUUGAGGGUUGCUACCGAGGCACUGAUGGAGCCUUGGAGUUUCGAGGCAGCAUU